AUGGCAUCAGAUGGCUCUGCUAAAGGCGACAGAGCUGUCGCUCAGUUCCACGAGUACCUGGUCGGGUGCAAGCGAGUGAUUGCUCUGUCAGGAGCAGGACUGUCAGCAGCAUCUGGUCUGGCUACUUUUCGUGGCGCUGGCGGUCUUUGGCGCUCGCACGAUGCCACCUCCCUCGCUACUCCCGGUGCCUUCAAUCGGGACCCGGCAUUAGUCUGGAGAUUCUACAGCUACCGUCGCCACAAGGCCAUGCAAGCAGAUCCAAAUGCUGCCCACUACGCUCUCGCCCAGCUCGCUCGUCGACUACCGGGCUUUCAACACCUCAGCCAGAAUGUUGAUGGACUGAGUCAACGAGCGAAUCAUCCCAGAGAACAAUUACAACUCCUCCACGGCACGCUUUUUGAAGUCAAGUGCAACAACAAAGCCUGUGAAUACCAGGAAGAGAACUUCGUGGACCCAAUUGUGCCUGCUCUCGACAUCCCACAUGAUGGUCAUGACCCAACGACAAACAAAGCAUUGGGCAAAGGCAAGAAAGGCAAAGAGCUUGAUAUUAGCGAUGCUUCUAUCAAAAUUGCCGACAUCCCACUUGAAGAUCUUCCCCAGUGCCCUAGAUGCAAUGACUUGCUCAGACCUGGUGUUGUCUGGUUUGGAGAACAGCUUCCUACUCAAGUCCUCGCGAAUGUUGAUGAUUACUUCGAUGCGGGAGAUGUGGAUUUGAUUAUGGUUAUUGGUACCUCAGCUAAGGUAUAUCCGGCAGCAGGCAACAUCUCACGUGCGAGAAUGACGGGGGCCAGAGUCUGUGUUGUGAACAUGGACGAGAAUGAUGCUCCAGCCGGCGGCUGGGAGCCUGGUGACUGGUUCUUCAAAGGCGAUGCUGGAACAAUUGUGCCAGAGCUAUUACGUCCAAUCAUUGGAGAUGUCAAGAUGCCGAGCGCGAAGGCAUAA